UGUAUUGUCAUUGACGUCCUCUGUGGUUCAUCAAAGUAUCAAAAAUAAUCUCACUCAUGCAUUUAUGUGGUUUAACUUCGCAUGUUAUUUCUCAGUUUUUUUUUGUGUCUUUCCUCUACUCAGGCCUUUUAAAUGCUACCAUAUCUGGGGAUGACAUAGGGGAUGACAUAGGGCUGCUGGACACAGUAAAAAUGUGUGUCCAUGGGGGCAUCUUCCUGACCACCUUUUUCUUGACCUACCUCAUUGUGGUGACAGUGUUCCACACAGCCGAGCCGCGCCGCAACGUCCGCUUCGUUCUGCUGUGCCAGCACUGUGCCUGUGUGACCAGCUUCAACGCGGUGGGCACCAUCCUGCACGGCCUCCGCGCCCUCCUCCGCGUGUCCAUCAACCGCCUGACCUGCUGGGUCCUUUUUGACUUCCAGGUGGCUCUAGGCCGUGGCAUGGGCAUCACCCUCACACUCAUGGCCCUCAACACCUGCCUGUCCAUCCUGCGGCCUCUCCACUACCCAGCGCUGGUGCGUCGCAUUCGGUCUUCCGUCAUGGCGCUGGCUUGGUUCGUGGCCCUGCUCAACCCGGUUCUGUUCACUGCUCUGGCCUGCGCUCAGCCCUCUUGGGCCUAUGUGGUGGAGCUGGACCCCGUGUGCUCCACCACGCUGGAGAGUCCCACGUCUCGGUUCAGCAGCCUGGCGCUGGUGGUGUUCUUGGUACUGCUCAUCAUGACCAGCUAUGUGCUCAUCUACAUGGAGGGCUGCCGGGCGGGGCAUUUCUCACGCUCCAACAGCAGCGGGCGCCUCACCAUCCUGAUCCACAUGCUACAGAUGAUCCUGUACCUGCUCCCUCUGGUGCCCAUCAUCACCAGGUGGAAGCACAAUAUGGCCGCCACAGUGACCAACUUCGUGGUGUUCCUAGUGGGGCAGGCACUCAGCCCCGUGGUGUACGGCCUGCGUUGCCGGGAACUCCGAGAGCAACUUCCCCACUUCCUCCCCCGCUGGACAAAAGUUUUCCAGACCUGCAGAGACACCACAGACUGCUCUAGUACAGAGACCCCCACUCAGCACUGGAACUGCAAUGAUCUCCAGAACCGUGACUAGUACAGGGACCAUAACCAGCGCAAAGACCACACUCAGCAUCGGAACCUGUGCUACAAUAGAGACUAUAGCCAGUAUGGAGUCUGCUUCAUAUGAAGGACCUGGAAUACACUUAGAGAGCCCAGCAAAUACAGAAACCACAGUGUGCACAUGGACCAAUAUAGAGAAUGAAGCCAGUGACGUAACUGAAGCCAGUGGACUGACUGAAACUAGUAUAGAGACUGAAGCCAGUGGACUGACUGAAAC